CGGUCGGCACGCUAGAGGGCGCUCCUGACCAACAACGGUCCAAAUUCGCGAAAUCGACGCACAAUCUUUUCAAAUUUGACCCUCAUUGAAGAUUUGGGGAAACUAUUUUAUGUAUUAUUCUAUCCAUACCCUGUCUGCUGCGAAUCGGAACGGUUCGGACAUCACCCAAAUCUUUUCUCAGUCUUUGUGCAUUAGGACGGGAAAGGUGGGGGUGGAGGGGGCGAUCAACCGCUGGAAAUACGCAAUGUUGUUGUGGCUGUUGUGAGAAGCAUCUGGUUGGAGUCUGUAGAAAAUGCCUGCAUUCCGAUCUCGUGUUGGCGAAACAAAUCGUAUUUUGUCAGCAAGCGGGCUGCUCGGAGGGCAUUGGAAGAAUUUGAGCUCUUGAAGCUUAUGAGUGAAAGUGCCAAGAUCGACGCGAAGAUAAUACCAUGGACUCAACAGGUCGGGAAGAAGGGCUUCCUUGGUCCGUUCGAAAAAUCCUUGAAGUUAAGACCAAAGUUGUGUGGUGGAAUAAUGGAAAGCACUUCGUUUAGUGAAUGCCCGCAAAGUGCUGAGCUGUUGUGGUGUCCAGGCUCCUCUAAACGUCGUUUCGAAGGUGCCUGCCAGAUGCUGGAAGGCUUGGCCUGGAUAUGUUCACAUCAGGAUGGACUUUCUAAUAUGGAUUUUUUUUUGUCAGUCGAUGCCUUAACACUUUAUUGACAGUGUUUAAAUGACUCAAUGCCAUUGGCCUCUUCACUGAAGAACAAUGCAUCCCAUCAGGCGGCGUAAAAAACGACCCAACUAUGGUGUUCGAACUGUGGAGGUUAGUCGUGGGAAGAAUGGAUUCGGAUUUACCAUAUCAGGCCAACAACCAUGCAUUCUGAGUUGUAUUGUAAGUGGUAGCCCAGCUGAAAGUGCUGGGUUGAGAGCUGGUGACUAUCUUGUUGCUGUGGAUGGAAGAAGUGUCAGUAAGAUGCCUCAUGAUGAUGUGGUUCGACUCAUUGGUUGUUCCUCAGGCAUUCUGAAACUGCAAAUUGCAGAGAAUUACUACUCCGACAGUUCUGAUGAUGAUGUCUUGCCUGUAAGGCCUAAGCCAAAGUACUCACAUAAGGGUCGAGGAAGUGGUCACCAACAGCAGCAACUCACGCCUCGUCAAGGAGCUGGGCCUAAUCAGCAGAAUCGUAUUGCAAAGGUAGUGCACGAUUUGAGGACAGGAGCCAUGUUUGAAGAAAGCUUAGUUCAGCCAUCAGCCUGUGUCAUCACUGACUGGAGCCCUCCGCCGAAUGCGCCCACUCCUCCUCCAAGGGCUUAUCAACAACUCCCAUCUGAAGCGGAAGAUGUUGAGCUUCAUCAGUUCAUCAUUGGAUACUUGGGAACCAUUGAAAUACCAAAGCAACUUCAGCCAGGAUCCAAACUUCAGAUUGUAUGCGCCUGCGUGCGCAAGCUGCGUGCCGAGAAGCGUGUGCCCACGCCCGUGGCGCUGCGGGUGCUCGCCGACGCCAUCCGCCUGGUGGACGCUCGCGGGGGUGGCGACGGCCAGGGCCAGGGCGGCCAGGGCGCGACGCUGGCGGAGUACCCCGCGAACCGCGUCCUGUUCUGCGGCGGCAACAGCGGCAACAGCCCCGACGGCGACCGCCGUCACUUCGGCCUGGUGACGUCAACGCCCGCCCUGGCCGAGGCCGCCGAGGCCGAGGAGCCGGCCGAGCAGCAGCCCUCGAGCGCGUGCCACGUGUUCGCCGUGGACGCCAAGCAGGCCCCCCACGAGGAGCACGCCGCGCGCGCCGCGGCCCUCAACAUCGACUGCGGCGGCGGGGCGGCCCAAGCCGAGUGCGCGGCGUUCCCGAGGACCCUCGCCGGCUCGGCCAACUCCAGCAACAGUGACUCCGGCAUCGGCUUCCGGGACGACAGCGGCCACCAGUCGGACCGCCACGACCCCCUGGGCAUCCUGGUGGUGGACAUGGAGCACGCCAGGCUGCAGGGCCUGGGCGGCCUGGGCCUCGGCCAUCCGCCGCUGCCCGUCAUCCCCCUCCCGGACAGGAGGCUCGCAGUGCGCGCCAUGCCGGACCCACAGGAACUGUGCUGCCCCGUGGAAGGGGGCGCUCGCUCUGCCUCCGCGGACGGCGUCAACAAGACGGACAGCGCCAAGCGCGCUUCCCGCGCGACGCACGAGCGUGACCUGGACCGCGAGCGGGCCUGCUUCGCCAGCCUGACGAGCGUGCCCGGCGUGGCGCACUCGGCGGACGACCUCAGCGACCUGCUCUCCUACAAGCUAAGCCCCAAGGUGUUCGGCGGCCCCAUUGGCGUGCCGCGCGUGCCACACGUGCGCGCGUCGCAGGCUUGCCACGCCACGCACAGCCUCGAGGACCUGACGCUGGCCGACCUGGAGCCUCUGGACCUGGACCAGCACCCCGUGCUGUCCAUGUCCGCGCGCCACCUCGGCGGCAUGUCCACGCCGGGCCACAUGGCGGGGCACUCCGGCAUGGCCGGCAUGGCGCACUGGGGCGGCAUGUCCGCGCCGCUCACCGGCAGCCUGCAGGAGCUGCGCAGCUUCGUCCUGAGCUGCUACGAGGAGGCCGAGCCGCAGUCCCUCAGCGCGUCGCUGCACGCGCGCACAAGAGUGACGGAGCGAUGA